GCCUACUCUCUUCUCUCCUCCAUGUCCUGCCCUGCACUUCGACUCUCUUGAUGAGCGUCGACGGCUGGGAGUGGCUGCAAAGCACGCGAUAAUGAGCAAUUUACUCUGCUGUCACACUCAUGCCCGCAAAUACCUGACAUACUGUAGUACCAGUGUGAAAAGCGUAUAAAACCGGUCAAGGCGGGGAAGCACAUGUCUCCAGCUGGUUCUAUUCAUUCCUCGCCUGACUUCCUGGGUUGAUUAUCUGAGGCUGCUCUGAAGCGAAGAUCGAUGAGUCCCUCGAAGAAGGAAGAUCAGCCUACGGAGGCGUAUGUUAUCGCUGAUGGGUUUGCGGGCGUCCCGGAAGUCCCCGUCUUGGAGGGUGACCUACCGCCUAAAACUACAUGGAGGAGCUAUGUCUGGUCUACACUCGAUGUGUCUAAGGAAGAGGCGCGGUUCCUUACCAAACUGGAUUUGUGCCUCAUCUCGUCUGCCGCGCUGGGGGUCAUGAUCCGCUAUCUUGACCAGGUCAAUAUCACGAAUGCCUUCAAUAGCGGUAUGAAAGAAGACCUCGGACUGUACGGUAACGAGCUCAACUACGCAAACGCCUUCUGGAGUGCAGCCUACGUCAUCGGACAAGUCCCUAGCAACCUGAUCCUUACUCGGGUGCAUGCUCCCUAUUAUAUCGCAUUCCUGGAAUUCGCGUGGACGAUAUUCACCAUCGCCACGUCUGGAGUGAAGAACACAAGUCAGCUAUAUGCUAUCCGUUUCUUCGUCGGAUUAUUCGAAGCAGGCCAUUUCCCCGCGGUGAUGUACGUAGCUUCGAGCUAUUACAAACCGCAUGAACUCGCUCGGCGAAAUACGAUCAUACAAGUGUUCACUGCUGUCGGGCCGCUUUUCUCUGGCUUCCUCAUGGCUGCUGUCUACUCGGACUUGAAUGGUCGUGCUGGUUGGCCUGGCUGGAGGUGGCUUUAUGUGAUUUGCGGGUUGAUCUCCUUCCCAUGCGCUUGCUGGACGGUUGUCGCCAUGCCCGAACUGCCAUCCCGCAUCAAGCCGAACUGGUUGUACUCCGCUGCAGAGAUCGAGAUCGCAAAAAGACGGAUGCCCGGAGAAGUCAAGCUCUACACGGGUUUGUUCAAGUGGAAAGAUGUCCUCCGUUGGCAUAAGACUUGGCACGUCUGGUUAUUCCCCUUGUUCUUCUUGUGCAAUUCUCAGCUGAGUCAACCUGGUGGAUCCAUGAUUUUCUGGGUCAAGAGCUACAACGUCACGGGACAGCCAGCGGUCUUCUCCGUGCAAGCGAUCAACAUCAUUCCUCUUGGUAUCAAUCUGAUCCAAAUCGUUGGAGCACUCCUCUCGUCCUGGGUAUCCGACGCACUUCCAGGAAGUCAGCGCUGGCCAUCUAUGGCAUUCGCCGCUUUUUCUGGUAUCAUCUUUUCCAUUUCCCUCGGAGCUACGCCUGUGCAUCCGGCUAAUCGGGCCAGCCGUUGGGCACUCUAUUACCUCACUGCACUCUCUGGGACCUCGGCAGGAGUGACGUGGACAUACGUGAACGAGACGAGCAGACACGACCCCGAAAAGAGAGCCUAUGUUUCCGCAAUGAUGAACGCCAUCGCGUACAUCUUCAGCGCAUGGGUUCCGAUAUUCACUUUCCCCACUCAGAACCAACCGUAUGUCACCGUUGGCAAUUACGUUACAGCUGGAUUCGGCGCGGUUCAACUGAUAGUUGCCUUUCUUAUCGGCUAUCUGGAUCAUCAGGAUAAGAAGCGAGCGAAAGCAAAUCACGAGCUUGAGCGAAAACGGCAGGCUGAUGCGGAAUCGACUCCCAGCGAUGAGAAGGAAUUGCCCGAAUCCGAUUAAGCGUGUCUUGGUCGAUCUGAUUUAGUGGGUCUCGGGAAUAGGAAGGAAAGAUUUUUUGUCUCGCCUUUUUUGUUUUGGUAAUUGUAUCAAGGGAUGUGGAUGAGAAUGCACCAU